AUAUACACACUUUACCUUUACCUGGGGAUCAAAGCCAAAAGAUGGGAAGCAACAACAACAAUAACAACACCACCCAACCACCACCACCGCCGCCGCCAUACGCACCAUACCAACUAGUAAAAACCUUAACCGACCACCAAUCAGCCGUCUCAUGUGUCAAGUUCGCCAACAAUGGCAAACUCUUAGCCUCCGCUUCCUUAGACAAAACCGUAAUCUUAUGGAACGCCCAAACCCUAACCUUAAUUUCCAAACUCACAGGCCACACCGAAGGCGUAUCGGACCUCGCCUGGUCUUACGAUUCCCACUACAUUUGUUCAGCCUCGGACGACAAGACACUGCGAAUCUGGGACGCCAGGAACUACGAAUGCGUAAAGACGCUUCGGGGACAUACGGAUGUCGUGUUUUGUGUGAGUUUUAGUGUACAUUCGAAUUUGAUUGUGUCGGGUUCUUUUGAUGAGACAGUGAGAGUUUGGGAUGUGAAAACAGGGAAAAGUGUUCAUGUGAUCAGGGCACAUUCGUUGCCAGUGACUAGUGUGCAUUUUAAUAGAGACGGGUCGUUGAUCGUUUCGGGUAGUCAUGAUGGGAGUUGUAAGAUUUGGGAUACGGUUACUGGGACGUGUUUAAAGACUUUGAUUGACGAUAAAGUGCCUGCUGUUUCGUUUACCAAGUUUUCGCCUAAUGGCAGGUUUAUACUUGUUGCUACCCUUGAUGAUAAUUUGAAGCUUUGGAACUACUCGACUGGAAAGUUCUUGAAGAUAUAUACCGGCCAUGUGAACAAAACCUAUUGCAUAACACCUACGUUUUCCGUGACAAAUGGCAAAUACAUUGUCAGUGGUUCAGAAGAUCACUGUGUCUACAUUUGGGAUCUACAGGGGAAGAACUUGCUGCAGAAGCUAGAAGGCCACACUGAUACGGUUAUUUCUGUAAAUUGCCACCCGAAUGACAACAUGAUUGCUUCUGCAGGGCUUAUUGGUGAUCGAACAAUCAAAAUAUGGGUCCAACCAAGUAGUGAAUGACAUAGAUAGUUUGUUCCUAAUUUGUUCCUAAUUAUCAGUGCUGGCUCUGUAUAAUGUAAUACGAGAUUUUUUACGGUGAACAUAAUUGAUUCUCGAAUAAGAGUUUGACCUGUUUGUGAUGA